AUGCUCAGUCGCCCAACUGCAGCAGCCUUGCUGCUGACCUUGAGGAGUGCAAACGCAUUGGUACUUCCUGAUGGUGUGGGAAGAUUGCCAGCUCUAGGCUGGAACUCAUGGAACGCAUACGGUUGCGAUGUUGACGAGACCAAGAUUGUGACAGCUGCUAAUAAACUCAACUCGACCGGAUUGAAGGACCUAGGCUACCAAUAUGUCAACAUUGACGAUUGUUGGUCCGUUAAAUCUGGUCGUGAUAGCGUCACAAAUCGCAUUAUCCCGAACCCUGACACGUUCCCAAGCGGGAUUAAUGGUACCGCUCAGCAGGUUCAUGACCUUGGCUUGAAGAUUGGUAUAUACAGUAGCGCCGGAUAUCAGACAUGUGCUGGCUAUCCAGCCAGUCUCGGAUAUGAGACCAUCGAUGCCCAGACCUUUGCUGACUGGGGUAUUGACUACCUCAAAUACGACAAUUGCAACUACCCCUCCGAAUGGGAUGACCAGUACAAUGCUUGCAUCCCUGACAGUGACUACCCCGGUGUUAACCCUAACGGCACCUGUCCAGAUCUGACAAACCCUGCACCUGCGGGCUACGACUGGAGUAUGUCCAAUACCACGAAGCGGUUUAAUGCCAUGAGAGAUGCGCUGGCUUCUGUUCAAGAUCAGCGCGUUAUUUUGUAUUCACUGUGUGAAUGGGGCAACGCUGAUGUCCCGUCUUGGGGUAAUGGGACAGGUAAUUCAUGGCGUGUAACUGGCGAUAUCAACGCAACGUGGGACAGAAUCACUGCUAUCGCUAACAUGAAUGCUCAUGAGCUUUCAAGUGUCGAUUUCUGGGGCCAUAAUGACCCAGACAUGUUGGAAGUCGGCAACGGCAAUCUAACGAUCGAGGAGAAUCGUGCUCACUUCGCUCUAUGGGCAAUCAUGAAAUCUCCCUUGAUCAUCGGAACAGACUUAUCAACAAUCCCAGACACACACCUCUUUAUCCUCAAAAACGCCGAUCUCAUCGCCUUCAACCAAGACCCGAUCAUUGGCAAACCAGCUCUUCCAUACAAAGAUGGCUACAACAACGGUACAUACAACCCGCACUACCCACCUGAGUACUGGUCCGGCGCGACUUCCCACGGCUGGAACUUGGUUCUACUUUUCAACUCCGAGAAUGUCGCUGCUAGUAGGACUGCAGUGUGGUCUGAAAUUCCACAAUUGAGUGGACACGAUAGUAAGUAUAGAGUUGAGGAUGUUUGGACGGGUAAGGAUUUGGGAUGCGUCCAUAAGGAGUAUACGGCGCAAUUGGAGGCGCAUGAUGUUGCGGUGCUUAAAGUGACGGGUACUUGCUAGAUUGUCAAGUUUUGAGUAUGUUAGGAAACGGGUAAAGUUGGAGGAUGAAUUUAUUGAGCUUGAAAAUGUCAAGUUGCAGCAUUAAAGAGGGAAAAGCAAUGUUUAUUACAAUGACUUUCAUCAAAAAUAAAAAUUCGAAAUCUCAAUGCACGCUCAGUGGUUAAGCAUCCAAGGGGUAUAAUUUGAAUUUCAUUGGCUAUAUUUAUUUCAGCAAUCUGGUAGUACACUGCCCUUGAAGA